AUGCCCAGUAUUGUGCUCGGUGAACCCCGAUCUCGACUGAAGGCUUCUCUGGUAUGCCUUGAGCUUGCAAUCCGCAAAGGUGCUAUCUCGGGCCCCGAGUUCAUUUCAUUGUUGCAAGAAUGGCUCGCAGAAAACCGCGAGAGGUGGGUGCCUGUCUUUGAAAAGGAUCGUAGAGCUCUGUCUCUAGACAACUCUGAAGCCUUGGUUAGCACCAUAGCUCGCGAGCCAUCUAAGGAACUGGCGACAAAGGUCUUUGUGCUUGGUCUUCUUAACCAGACCAACACCCGCGAUAUGACUGGAACAUGCGGCAGCCUGCUAGGCGCUCUCUUGCAAAAAUUGAAGCCUGAAACUCCCGAAUUGCCAGUUUCAACAAUUUGGGUGGCCCCUGUCCGGCACAUGAUGCUUCAUAACCCGGAUACCGUCGAAGCCAUUUCGAGCCACGUUCUCCAGCCACUCUUUUCAGCCGACCCUUCUGGCUUUACAUCUUUCGUGGAAACCCUCCCCCUGAAGAGCCUCCUUGCCGGAGACAUGACCGAUGCCGAUGAAGCAGAGUAUAUGCUUCUUUUUGCUGCUUUGCGCAUUGGCAAAAAGACCAAUCUUGUUCACGAAGAUUAUGAUGGCUCGAAGCCCAGUGAAUCCAAAGAGGGUUCCCCGCAGAAACUGGUGUUGAAGAGCGAAGUACUCGGCAAGUUCCUACUGCAUCGUGAGCCCAACAUUCGCGUAGCGGCACUGUCGCUGUUAGUGACUGCAUUCUCGACUAUCAAGCCUUUCACAUCAGCUGCCACCAAUUCAAUUUUACGAGGUCUUCCGUCAAUGCAUGCCGACUCUGAUUCCUACAGCCGAGGUGAAAUUAUGAGUCUCACACGCAAACUCAUUGUUCGUCUUAAGAGUGGCAUUCUGGCGGUGCAGGAAUCCUCGGAAGCAACAGCACAGACAUUGAAGAAUGGGCCCUCUGGGUUAGUCAAAAGCGAUGAUGAGACAGUGGCCUUCCUUAGGAAGUACAUUAAUUUCCUUGCACACGAUCUUUGUGUGACUGCAUCAUAUCCACGACACAUUAGUGCUUUGAAGGCUUUGAAGCUGUUGUUGGAGUCUAAUCUUGACCCCCGGACAAGCGUCCCUCCUCCAAAGUCCGAGACUGAAACACGGUGGAAGUUCCACAUGAACAUCUUUGAACCGCGUCUGCUUCGGCUAUUAGUGGACCUACUCCUUGAUCCAUUUGAGGAAGUGAGGCAAACAUCUUUGUUAAUUAUCAACCUCUUCCCUUCAAGUCUUCUGAUGGGCAGCAUGGAAGCCACAUCAGAUCAACCCCCAGCCACAGGAAUGCGUUUGACGGACGCCCUGGCCUUGGCUGAAAACAUUGCUAGCAACACAAGUCGAGCCGACCAUGCUGACACAGUUGCUCGUCUUUACCAUAUCUUGUUCUGUGCAGCCCUAUCAAGUAACUCGCCCGAGGCUGGCUCAGAUUGGUGGUCGACAAAGCCAUCAGUUGUGAGCACCAUCUUGAGUAAACUGGAAGAGCGAUUGUCAUCAUCAAAGGGCCUGUUUAACUCUACUUUACGUGAGGCUCCUCUCCAUGGCUAUAUGUCUGGACUGAGAUAUAUUGUGUCGAUGCCCAAUUUCCAUGCUUUGGUAUCCAAUGGAUCGGACGUUGCUGUCUGGCGGUCUAUCCAUGACCGUAUCAGCUCCAUCUGCGAGAGGGUUUGGGAGGAGGUGAAGCCCGUGCUGUGUAUCGAUUCGCCCGAGGGCCAUACUGAUGACCCCAUUGAAGACCUCACAGUGGGCCCAAAAGACAUUCUCUCCUACUCCUGGAGAGCUCUUAGGGAGUCUAGCUUGUUGUUACAUGCUACCAUGGUCAACACAGCCUAUGGGCCCGUGGGAAAAGACGGACUCCAGCGUGAGGACUUUGAGAAAGUUGGACGCGCCAGUUUCACUCAACUUGCCGAGCUACGUCACCGUGGUGCCUUUUCGACUGUCUCUACAACAUUCGCCACAUGCUGUCAACGGUGCAGUAGUUCAAUGGAUGUAUCCAUCCAAGAACUCCCGAAGAGCUGGUAUCAAGAGGCUAGAGCAACUAUCUUUGAGUCCGCUUCAAAGCUUACCAGACGAUCUGCCGGUUUGCCAGCACUGGUUACCGGUAUCUUCUGCUCCCUUCAUGGAACGCCUUUCUUCAAGGAGGCUAUGGAUGAUCUUCAUGAAAUUUCGCGCCUGCCUGUUGAGUACAAUAAAGACCAGCAGUAUCUAGAGCUUCCCCAAGUCCACGCCAUGAACUGUCUAAAGGACAUUUUUACCAACACAAAGUUGGGUCUAUUUACGGAGCCUUUCAUCAUGCCCGCCCUUACGCUGUCCGCGGAACGACUUGGAUCACCUAUUUGGGCGCUUCGCAACUCGGGUCUGAUGCUUUUCCGUGCUCUAUUGACCAGGAUGUGUCGGAUGGUUCCCGGAGCUGUAGCCGGUUUCGGUGGUGUCUCGGGAUCUGAACCAGGAUCGAAAAUCUCGUUCCUAAAGUACCCUGGUCUCCUUGAGCUACUGUCUCGCCUCCUCGCACCAAGUGAGGGAACAACUGCUCAGGAGGGCACCGAUAUUGUCACUGAACGGAUCUUCCCCGCUUUGGAAUUGAUUGGAGAGAAGAUUCCUGCCAUCGGAGAUGACUAUGACAAGAAGCUGUGUGGGCUUGUUCUCGAGCACUUCAAGAGCCCUGUCUGGGGCAUCCGGGAGCACGCCGCCCGUGUGUAUUCAUCAUUGCUGAUUCGGAGCCAUAUUCCCAAAGACGUUGAAUACCUGGUCAAUCUUGUCCAGGGGGAUGUAUCCGAGAACUAUGUUCAUGGAAUAGCUCUUUGUGUUCGCUACUCUCUUCGUCGGUUUGCAUCCACGACUGACGUGUUCUGGGCCGCGCACCUGGAUGGUUUGCUGGCCACUCUUCGACACGUAUUGGCCACGCUGUUCUCCGUUGCCAAAUCUCCUUCCGUUGCAACUUGCCUUGUCGAGAUAUUGAAUGAUACCUUGGAGCGGAGCAUCGCAGCCCAAGUUGAAGACCGAAUUACGUCUUUCAUUGAUGAUAUUUAUGACCGGCAUGGCCUUCACGGAGUCUUGGGAGAUGUGUUCGAUGCGUCACAGGCAGGAUGGAAUCUUGCUAGCAGCACGCGCGCAUCUUCCCUUCUUCGGAGGACUCUCGCGUGGUGCACGAUUUUGAAACUGCUCGUUUCACAAACAUGGCCCGACAUUCCUGCGUUCUACCAUGGCGUUUCACAAUUUGACGCUGAUGUUGGUCGCUGGAUUGUGGAGCAGCUACCAGAACAUCUUAUGGAUGAGACAAAGUACAGGAAGCCGUUGGUGGACUUGUAUACGUCCAUCGUCCGGGCUGACUAUCCAGCUGAUGCUAAGACAAUAGCUGCCUCUAAUCUGGCCACUAUUCUCGAGGAGAUGCUGGCCUCUUCAUCCGAAGCCAUCUCCGAGUUCGAUCUUCCGUGUGAUGAGUUGGAGAAAGGGUUCAAGCCAGAGUCGAAUUUUAAGCAAUGGAAUCGACAUGCCACAGAUGCCGAACUCCGGCUGCAAGGAUGUCUUCUCGCCGUUCGGGCUGGUUCGAACCAAGGGACGUCCAUUUCGCCAUUAAAGGGUCUUCAUCGUUGGGUGAUUAAGCUGCGCUCUGCUCUUACCGAGGAAACAGAAUUCACCACCCGUUAUGCCGCUGUUGUCUCUGUUCACAGCUUUUCCACGGCCCUUCGUCCUGCAGAUAGCUCCCCUCGGACGGAUGCUGCUUUGCUGGAUAUUUAUCUGGUUCUUUAUGACAUGUUGAAUGAUGACGACGAAGAACUGCGCGAUAUCGCUGCAUCCACUGCAUCGUGGGUUCUCUCAUACUCGUCGGUCUCGCCCAACACCGCUGUCGCGCUCGGACCCUUGAAUGCCAGUGGUCUACUUGCUCGUUUCAUUGCCGACCAUUACUCGGACUCUAUGCACUUUGCACGUCGUGUCAUUCAGUAUCUCACAGGACAGGAGCCCCGAAUUAGCGGAUCUGACAAUCAGACCAGUCUCGUUCCGGUCUCGGAACUGGUGGCAGAACACUGUCAAGAGAGCAUUGUAUUGUUUGUCGAGGAAAAGCAAAACCUCUUCGUUGACGACGUACGUGAAGUCGAUAUUUGGUCUGAAGUGCUUCUGCAUUUGAGGAAAAAUGCCUACCCUGAGACCUUGGUUCGCCAGAUCUCGAGCUGGGUGUCUGAAGGUUUACAGCACCUCCUAGCGCUAGCCAGCCAGGAUGCUGGCAAGGACGGACUGCUCGGUUGGACCUCAAAACCCGAGUCGUUCGUCCUAGGAGUCCGCGUCAUCAGUAUUGCCUCAUCACUUGGGUCACAAUAUUUCGCUUUGCCAGAGGCGCUAGAUGCUAAGCAGGACACAUUGCGGAAGCAACUCCAGGCUCUUUUGGAAGCUGGCAAAAAAGCCUCUCUUCACGACAACUGGCUGUCGAGAAUGGAGGCCGGGCUGGAUUCGGGCGUUGCAAUGAGAAAUCAAGUUUAA